CCAUGGUUCGGAAUGGAUAUUGGCGGAACGUUGGUUAAACUGGUCUACUUUGAACCUAAGGACAUUACUGCAGAAGAGGAACAGGAGGAGGUGGAAAACCUGAAAAGCAUUAGGAAAUACUUGACCUCCAAUACAGCCUAUGGUAAAACUGGCAUUCGCGAUGUCCAUCUUGAACUGAAAAAUCUGACUAUGUGUGGUCGCAAAGGAAACCUGCACUUCAUCCGCUUUCCCAGCUGUGCCAUGCACAGGUUCAUACAAAUGGGUAGUGAAAAGAACUUCUCCAGUUUGCACACUACGCUCUGUGCCACAGGAGGUGGAGCUUACAAGUUUGAGGAGGACUUCAGAACGAUUGCUGAUCUACAACUCCAUAAACUGGAUGAAUUGGACUGUUUGAUCCAGGGCCUCCUUUAUGUUGAUUCUGUUGGUUUCAAUGGCCAACCAGAGUGCUAUUAUUUUGAAAACCCUACAGAUCCUGAACAGUGCCAGAAAAAGCCUUACUGCCUUGAUAAUCCAUAUCCUAUGCUGCUGGUUAACAUAGGCUCAGGGGUCAGCAUCCUGGCUGUGUAUUCUAAGGACAACUACAAGAGAGUCACAGGAUCCAGUCUUGGAGGAGGAACAUUCCUGGGCCUGUGCUGUUUGCUGACUGGCUGUGAGACGUUCGAAGAAGCACUAGAAAUGGCCGCGAAGGGAGACAGCACCAAUGUAGAUAAGCUGGUGAAAGAUAUUUAUGGAGGAGACUAUGAGCGGUUUGGCCUUCAAGGGUCUGCUGUAGCCUCAAGCUUUGGUCAUAUGAUGAGUAAAGAAAAGAGAGAUUCCAUCAGUAAAGAGGACUUGGCCAGAGCUACUUUGGUCACCAUCACCAACAACAUAGGUUCUAUUGCUCGCAUGUGUGCAUUGAACGAGAACAUCGACAAGGUGGUAUUUGUUGGCAAUUUUCUCCGAAUUAAUAUGAUUUCUAUGAAGGUGCUAGCAUAUGCUAUGGAUUAUUGGUCCAAGGGACAGCUGAAAGCUCUGUUUUUGGAACACGAGGGUUAUUUUGGAGCUGUUGGGGCUCUUCUAGAAUUGCUUAAAAUGACAGAUGAGCAGUGAUGAAGCUGUCUGAAGAGAUUCCUACUGCAGAUGCUGCUGGAUAAGAGUGAAAGCCACUACAAGGAUGGAAAUGAAGCCAUUAUGGUAGUUCUACCUGCUGGAUUUGUAAAUAAUUUAAAAUCCUUCUAGCUGAUCUUUAACUUCUGGGUUUUGACCUUAUACUUCAGAACUCAUACUGGGAAUAACAAGAAAUUUUUUUUCCUGUACACUGUAUUUUUUAGGGGGAAAAUGUGCAAAGUGGCCAAACCUACAGAUUUUAUGGAUUAAUUUUAGAAAGUGGAUACUGUUUAAUGUAGGGCCUGUGAUAGGAGACAUCUGCUUUUCUUCUGGGGUUUACUGAUUAGUGUGGUAAUUUUGACUUCAUUUAGUAAUCACUCUAGGAGAUUUUUUUAUCUUAUUUUCAUGACGUUUCAUGAUUUGUUCUUGGUUUCAAAUGAAACUACAAAGCUGAUGGAUUUUACUGUGAAAACUAGUCAUUGAUUUUUUGCCUUUCCUUUCCUCAUUAGAUGAGACACCUUUUUAUUUAACAUUCCCCCGAUCCCCCCCAAAAAUAAAU